AGUUUAGUGUCGGGUUGCGUCCCAUCGGCGUCGCUUCGUGUGUCACGGGUUUCCACGCAGCUGUGCCGUGCGCUUGCGCAAAUAACAUGGACGCUGUUUUGGACCGAUAAUAAUACGUUUUCACACAAUCAUACGCGAUUUUUAUCAUAUUUGCUUAGUUAUUUUAAAACUUUACGUCGAGUUUAAAGCGGUCCUCACGAUAAAGUGUACUGUGCAUUCAUUGAAAAAUGAACCAAAUACCGGGAUGGAGCUCAUGAUUUCAGUGUGUUAUUGGCUUUACACAACAUUUUCAGUGAUAAAUAGUGAUAGUGAUCGUCAUUUAAGUGAUAACCAACAGAUACGGACAAUUAAGAUCUCAAAAUCAUGAGCCCGCGCAGAUAAACAUCAAAAAAAUCAAAAUUAGAAUGCCGGUAAAAAACUAUGUGGCCAGUGACUUUUAGUGUUGUACCAUAAAGGCGAUGCAUGGUUUGUGAGGCCGAAGCAGUCAUGGACAUGAGCGGUGAGGGGGGCGCGGGGGGCGCGGGCACGGCGCUGCAGCAGCGCUGGUACGAGAACCGGGUGAACGGGAGCCCCGCCGGGGGGGAGGGCAGCGACGUCAACGGCGACGGGUUCUUCCACUCGCCGCUGGAGGGCGGGCACCACAGCCGCGCCAGAUACUACCACCAGCAGAUGCACGCGCCCUACUCGUCCGCCGUCGGCUCGCACGGCCGCAGCCUAGGCGGCGGCGGCGGGCAGGUGUGCCGGCCGCACUUCCACACGCCGCUGCACCCGUGGCUGGAGUCCAAGGCGCUGGGCGGCUCGUGGGGCGGCGGCUUCCAGCAGGACGCGGCGGGCGACAAGCCGCUCUCCCCCGCGCAGCACCCGCACCCGCACCCCCUCUUCUCCUUCCCCCCGACGCCGCCCAAGGACUCCACGCCCGACAGCGUGGCGGCCGCGGCGCUCGGGCAGCAGGACUACCAGGCCGCCGUCGCGCACGCCACCGCCAUGAGCGUCGCCUUCAUGCAGCAGCAGCAGGACCUGCCCCUGUGCGGCGACGUGAAGCCCAUGAUGGGCGCGCCGCCCAGCAAGCAGCGCGAAGGUGCGGCGGGCGACGGCUGCCCGCAGGAGACCAGCCAGCCCUCCGGGGAGUACAACGCGCAGUAUAACGCGGGGGGCGACUACUACGGCUACCAGGGGAAGGGGUUUAGUGGGUCGCAGCAGCAGAGCAAGCCGCGGCCCAACAAGACGCGCACCAGCGCCGAGGGUCGAGAAUGCGUGAACUGCGGCGCGACGAGCACCCCACUCUGGCGGCGGGACGGCACGGGGCACUAUCUCUGCAACGCGUGCGGACUCUACUACAAGAUGAACGGCCAGAAUAGACCCCUGAUCAAGCCUAAACGAAGAUUGGUGAGUUCGUUACAGAGUGCGGCGCGUCGGGCCGGCACGUCGUGUGCCAACUGCAAGACAACGACGACGACGUUGUGGCGACGCAACCAGAACGGCGAGCCCGUAUGCAACGCAUGCGGACUCUACUAUAAGCUGCAUAACGUAAACCGGCCACUGACGAUGAAGAAGGAGGGCAUCCAGACCCGGAACCGGAAACUGAGCAGUAAGAGUAAAAAGAAGAAGGGCGGCAUGGGCAUGGGCGGCGGCGCCUGCGCGCUGGCGCUGGGCGGCGUCAUGGGCGACAUGAUCAAGCCUCUCGGAGACGCUACUAAAGGCUUCGGUGGUUCUGCUUUCCCUUCGGCUAUGGACUUUGGCCAGCACCAGGUCGGGCUGGUGCACCCGGCGGCGGCGCACAUGUCGCACUGGUACGGCGCCCCGCACCAGGGCUUCGCCCCCCCGCCCGCCUCGCACAACCCCUACCACCACCACCAUCUGGCGCAGCUCAACUCUAUGACUGGCUGGAGAAGUGAGUACACGUGAUAAGUAUAUCGACACUGUGGGCUACUGUAAGAACAAACACACAAACACACGACACUCCCGACCUCGCAACGUCGGACGAAGACCCGAUACUACUCGACGGAAAUCAAAUGCAACAUUAACUUUUCGCUGCUGUGAUUUCAAUCUAGGUGAUUUUGAGAUAUAAACUGUAUUAUUAAAGUACGAAGCUUCAAACCUUGACACAUCAGAUAAUGUAUAAGACUGUUGGUCAGAAUUGAUUUUUAAACAGCACUGCUGAAGUCUUGAGUAAAGUAACAUAUCUGUAACUGUAGAACUGCUCAAGAGGCGGUGAGGACUCGAUCCAAGUAUUAAACGUGUUUUACACAAAGUGAAGUAACUAGCGAAAUUGUACAGUAUUAUACUAGUAAUUAAGGUCGAUAAUGACUUAGAUCGAUUUAUGUGUAAGUAAUUAAGUAUUGUUCAAGGAAAACAAUUUGUGUAUUUUGUACAUAUCUUAUUAAUUUAUAUUCCGUUCCUGUAUAGAUAUUGUUUCGUUGUGUAAGUUAUUGAACUGUUCGCGGCGCGUGCGCAGGAAUUGUGAUGUGUUCAGACAACAACAACGUUUUAGAUUUUUUGUACAUUUUAUUAGUUUUAGAUGAUAUUGAGAAGCGCAAUAGUUAUUUAUGUAAUUAGGAUAUAAUGAUCCAAUGUGUAUAUAAAAUAGCCGAUUUAUUAAGUAGUAUUUUUCAGAUUAUUAUUUUUAUGAUUUUACUUACAUUCAACACACGAGUACUUAUGAUAUUGCCCUGUAUUCGAAAAAUAACUGGCCACUACAUUGGAUUAGCUAAUUAAAACAUUGUGUAAUAUAAAAAUUAUAUUGAUAUGUCGUGAAAAAUGUAAAAUAAAAUUUUGUAUAACAAUACCAAUUUAAAAUUAAGAUUGAGUGGCCAUAAAAUAAAUGAAAUUUUAUAGGGGCUGUUCUUGAAGAAAUAUAACCUGAAUGCAAAUCAUUUUAAAUAGCCAUGUGUUAUACGUGUUAGUAUAAUUUUAUUUGAAAAUGAAGGACAUUAUUUGAAUGUAUGUAAUUUGAGAUCGUUAUGUUUCUUUAAGAUCAAGUUCCGUAGAUCCCCAGGAAUAAAACUGUACAUACAAUAAUAUGUAAAUGAGACAUUUAUAGAAAAUAAAAAGCAUAAUAGAUAUUAAUUAAUACAAAACCGUGUUAAAUAGUGGUCACUACAAAUCUGCCUAUUACGAUAUUCUGUACCUAAAGUUUUUUUAGUUUUUAAAACAAAACAUUGUGAAGUUGUGUAUUUUAAUGAAAUUGUGAAUAAAUUAUCAAUAUUGAUAUUA